UGCCAACCGGCCCUGCGCGUUCCCCAGGCUCCACAGUCCAAAGCCACUGGAUGUCGGGUCUCUGCAGGCGGGCUAGAUAGGAGAUGUCUGGAGCGAUCUUCGCGCCUCUGGAGGGCCUGGGUGCCCUGGAUGUCGCGAGCGGCCACCCGCUCGUUUGCCCGCUGUGCCAUGCACAGUACGAGAGCCCGUGCCUGCUGGAUUGCUUCCAUGAUUUCUGCGCCCGCUGCCUGCGCGGCCGGACCACCGACGGCCGCCUGGCCUGCCCGCUGUGCCAGCACCAGACGGUGGUAAAGGGUUCCAGUGGCCUCCCACCAGUAGACCGGCUGCUGCAGUACCUGGUGGACAGCUCUGGUGAUGGUGUGGAGGCUGUACACUGUGCCAACUGUGACCUGGAGUGCAGCGCACAGGACGCAGAGACCACCUACUUCUGCAACACAUGCGGGCAGCCCCUGUGCCUGCACUGCCGGGAAGAGACGCACCGUGCCCGCAUGUUCGCCAGCCAUGACAUUGUAGCUCUGGGCCAGCGCAGCCGAGACGUGAUCCAGAAAUGCCCGCUGCACUCAGAACCCUACAUCAUGUUCUCCACCGACAAGAAGUCACUGCUGUGCAUCCGCUGCUUCGGGGACAUGCAGGGGGAAAGCCGAACCCAUUGCGUGGACUUGGAGUCAGCUUAUGUGCAGGGCUGCGAGCGGCUGGAGCAGGCCGUGCUGGCUGUGAAGGCCCUGCAGAAAGCCACUAGACAGGCCAUCGCGCUACUGCAGACUAUGGUGGAGGAGGUGAGACACAGCGCUGCCGAGGAGGAGGCGGCCAUCCAUGCCCUCUUCAGCAGCAUGCAGGACAGACUGGCCGAGAGGAAAGCUUUGCUGCUGCAGGCUGUGCAGAGCCAGUACGAAGAGAAGGACAAGGCCUUCAAGGAACAGCUUGCCCACCUGGCAUCCUUGCUGCCCACCCUGCAGGUUCACCUGGUCAUCUGCUCCUCCUUCCUCAGCUUGGCCAGCAAGGCUGAGUUCCUGGAUCUGGGUUAUGAGCUGAUGGAGAGGCUCCAAAGUAUCGUCUCGCGACCACACCGCUUAAGGCCGGCUCAGAGCAGCAAGAUCACCAGCGACCACCGUGCAGAGUUCGCGCGCUGCCUGGAGCCGCUGCUGCUGCUGGGGUCCCGCCGGGCGGUGCCCACCCUGGGUGGCACCAACACGUGGGCAGGAGGCUCAGGCCCCAAGUUGCUGAGGGCACCCAGCUGCCACUCCCCAGUGGGAAAGGUGCUGGGGUCACCUAUCCAAAAACUCACGCAGCACCGCUCCAUCAGCUCUAAGGUGCUGCUGACAGAGGGGGAGGACACGCCCUUCACAGAGCACUGCCUUCAUUAUGAGGACUCCUACAAGGGCCUGCAGGUGGAGGUGCAGAACUUGAAGGAUCAGGUCCAAGAACUGCAUCGGGAUCUCACCAAGCAUCAUUCGCUCAUCAAGGCUGAGAUUAUGGGGGACAUCCUGCACAGGUCCCUGCAGCUGGACACACAGAUCGCCUCCGCAUAUACUUCCAUGGAGGUCAUGAGAGCCGUCUUCCAGGAGAUCUGGGAGGAAUCCUACCAGCGAGUAGCCACCGAGCAGGAGAUUUAUGAAGCCCAGCUCCGUGAGCUUCUCCGGCUGAAGCAGGAGAAUGCCUACUUGACCACUAUCACCAAACAGAUCACACCCUACAUCCGCUCCAUUGCCAAGGUGAAGGAGCGACUGGAGCCCAGGUUCCAGGCACCUGUGGACGAACAGUCGGAGAGUCUGCAGAACACACACAAGGACAGCAGGCAUGGUGAGACCCCAACCAGGAAUGAUCCAGGAAGUGUACAGAGGAGAGAGAAGACAGCUGAGCCCAAUGGAAGCAGCUGGGCCCUGAGUGGCCUCCCCGACGAGACUCCACUGAAAACCAGAGACCAUCUCUGACCCAAUUAGAAAGGUGGAGACUAGGAACGGUGAGAUUGCCGAGUAGGUAAAGGUGCUCGCUGCCAAGCCUGACGACGACCUGGUCUGAUCACCGGGACCUACACCGUGGAGGAAGAGAACCGACUCCUACAAGUCAUCCUGACUGUACCCACACAUGUACA